AUGCUCUCACAUGUUCCCUCGCCGCUGUCGAUAGAUGCGAGCACUUCUGGUGGUAGUUCCGCCAGCGGUAGCAGCGUCACCGGCAACAAUGUUCGCGUGGUUGUCCGAGUCCGCGGAUUUCUGCCCAGAGAGUACGAGCGGGAUGCCGUCAAUCUGAUCGAGAUGGAUCCGCAGACCCAAGAGACGCACCUGCUUCCGCCGCCACCCUCCGCGCAGAAGGCCGGCCGCGCUAAGGUCCUCGAUCGGAAGACCUUCAUCUUCGACAAUUCCUUCUGGAGUAUCGACCGCGACUCCCCCCACUAUGCGGACCAGGUGGAUGUCUACGACGCGCUCGGACAGGAGUUCCUCGAUCACAACUUCCAGGGUUACCACACCUGCAUCUUCGCCUACGGUCAGACGGGCGCCGGAAAGAGUUACUCGAUGAUGGGUACCCCCGAAAACCCCGGUCUUAUCCCCCGCACCUGUCACGACCUGUUCGAGCGCAUCCAGUCGAAUGACAACCCGAACGUUACAUACACCGUCCGAGUUUCAUACUUCGAGGUGUACAAUGAGCAAGUUCGCGACCUGCUGGAUGCUCGACGCGGUAGUGCGGUCAACUACCUCAGGGUCCGGGAGUCGCCGGCUGAUGGCCCCUACAUUAAGGAUCUGAUCGAGGUUCCGGUGCGCAACAUCAAGGAGGUCCUGGGCUGGAUGAAGCGGGGAGACCAGAGCAGGACGGUGGCGAGCACCAACAUGAACGAUACCAGUAGCAGAUCGCACGCCGUGUUCACAUUGAUACUAAAGCAGAUCGAGUGCACGGAGGAUGAUGAGACGAUCGAACGGCUGGCUCGCAUUCGUUUGGUCGACCUUGCCGGUUCCGAGCGCGCGAAUUCUACUGGUGCUACCGGUGCCCGACUGAGAGAAGGAUCUAAUAUCAACAAGUCGUUGACAACCCUCGGCCGAGUCAUUGCUGCGCUUUCCGAUGAAGGUGCCCGGCGUCACAAGAGGAAAGAUGUCGUUCCGUACCGCGACUCAAUCCUCACCUGGCUCCUCAAGGAUUCCCUCGGUGGCAACAGCAAGACGGCAAUGAUCGCCUGCAUCUCCCCCACCGAUUACGACGAGACGCUCUCCACCCUUCGCUACGCUGACCAGGCGAAACGCAUCCGUACUAGUGCUACUGUCAAUGAAGACCAAGUCUCGCGGGCGGCCCGUGACGCCCAAAUAAUCGAGAUGCAGAAUACUAUUCGCAGGCUUCAAAUGUCGGUUUCCGAGGCGACGAUGACCCAAAAGCACAACGAGAGCCAGAGCACGCAGAUGGAAAUGUACCAGCAGCAAGUCUUCAACUUGCAGCGUGUGAUGGAGGACGCGAGGGAGGCCGCGGACUGCAAGAUCAACCAGUUGCAGAGUCAAAACGAGGCACUCAGGACCCACCUACGACUUGCCCUCGAAACCAUCAAGCAUCCCAUCCCGGCUAUUCCCGUGCACAGUGAUGAUGAGGGCGAGGAUGAAGAGUCCGAGGAGGACGAGGUUGACGAGUUUGAAGAAGAGCAGCUCGCGAUGGAGGCGGAAAUGAGCUCUAUCCUUCACGAUGUCACCGCCUUCCAGCGGAAGCUCCAGGAAGACAAGGAGGCUGCCUCUAAGGCCAUAGCCGCGUGUUGA